AUCUGUAAUACGGGAGGGGAAUCGCUACACUGUGAAAACUCCCAGGGUUUACUCUCUGCCAUUUUGAGAGAAACCCUGCAGACAGCGGAGUUCAGACGUGUCCAUCAAGCGGCGGUCAUGACCUGAUUUAAAGCAUCUCGGUUCCCCAGGACUUUCAGAUGGACACUGACUUUGACUUUGAGGACCUUUGAUCCAGGACCGUUUUUCUUUGGUCCCUCCAGCCAUGUGCUCCACCAACCAUUCCAACUGGGUCACCUUUGACGAUGACGUCACACCAGUCUCCUCGCCUCAGAAGACCCUGCAGUCACCCGAUCUUAUCAAAGCGUCAGUUCCACGUCCCAACGGCCUGAAGUUGGUGCUUCCUCCAAUCAAAGAUACUUCCUGGAGCUUCAGUAGCCCCCUGGAAUCUCCUCAAAGCCUGUCAGGUUCCUGUGGAAAGUCUUCUCGACCCUCUAACAGCACCCUGAGUCCUGUGACCAGAGUCUCCACCAGCACAACUCCAUUUCAGUCCCCAUCAUGGGAAAAUAAUGUCUUCCUCCGGAGUUUCUCCAGCCCAUCAGGGAUCUCUGUGUCCUCUGCAGCAGAGACCACGAGUGAAACUACAGAUGGACCAAGCCCUUUCCCUGCUUUCAAGGGGACAUCUGGACACUUUAACCCUUUCUGGGAAGAUUGCAGACAGAGCGCUGACGUUGGCAGCUCCUCCUCAGACUCGGACACAGACAACAGCCUGCCGCGAUUCUUUAUUCGGACCAAAGAUGGCAGCACGCCUCCGCGCGACCAACCCCACAACCCCUUCUCCUUUGUUUGUAAUAAGCUGGAAGACCUUCAAGUUGGACAAGAGAACAAUACGGACACGCCAGAGAGCCAAGACAAGUGGAUACAUGACAGAAACGAGGUAAUAAGCGACAGUUCGGCUCAGUUUGUUCCCAGGGGUCUAUUCCGCAGCCAGAAGAGGGACGGCUGGCCCGUCAUGAUCAGGAUUCCCGAAAAGAAGAACCGCAUGUCCUCCCGGCAAUGGGGACCGAUCUAUCUUCGCCUGUUGCCAGGAGGUGUGCUGCAGAUGUUCUAUGAAAAAGGCCUUGAGAAGCCGUACAAAGAGUUUCAGCUUCUCCCUCAGUGCAGGCUGUCGGAGCUUAAAGUGGAAAGCUACAGCGAGCCCAGGAAAGUCCUCACCGUCAAGCUGGAACUCUUCUCCUACACGGAGAAGAAGCGCUUCCACCCAAAGCUAGAGGUUAGUCAUGAAGCGGAGGUCGAGCAGCUGCUCAAGUUUGGCUCCACCGUGCAUGAGGACAUGGAGGACAUGGUUGUCUCCAUUGAGGAAGAGAUCUUCAAGCUGUGUGUGCCCCACCAGCAGAGGCGACAAUACGAGGAGCAGGAGAUGUCGCUGCAGGUCACUGAUCACAUCUGGAUACAACUGGAUAAGUCAGGGACAGUCAUGGAGAGAGAAGCUUUUACCCAGAUCCACUGUCUUGCUUUCCUAAAUGCACAAGGAGAAUGUUUUCUUGCCUUGAAUGAUCUUGGUUUGCUGCAUUCUAACUCCAGCUAUGGGUACGAGGAGGACAGCGACCUCUGGAUGGAGAUCACUGACAGGCAUUUUCACAAAUGUGUGAACGAGACUGAGUUUCAGGCGUCCAGACUCAUUAAAUUCUCCCCUCCUGAUGCAUGCAGGGUGGAGCUGAUGCGGUACAAAACGGCAGUCCUGGGCUGCACUGAAAUUCCCUUUUCAAUCAAAGCUGUUGUCACGGUCCAAGGAGCCUACGUGGAGCUCCAAGCUUUCCUCAACAUGUCGGCCACCUUCCUCUCCUCCCUCAGGGCUUCCGACACCUCUUACCCACUGUGUGAAAACAUAGUGAUUCGCAUUCCAGUUCCAGGCAAUUGGGUCAAGGUGACGCAGACUGUGGCCUUGUUGCGGCAAAGGUCGCUGAAGGCCCGAAUGAACAGGAACGCCUGCCUGGGCUCUGCCAGAACCCAAAAUUCCCAGCCAGUCAUGCAGGUGUCCAUCGGAUCUGUCAAGUAUGAGACCGUCUAUUCAUCCAUUGUGUGGAGGAUUGAUAGGCUACCCGCCAAGAACACAGCAGUGGAUCAUCCCCAUUCAUUCUCCUGUAAACUAGAGCUGGGAUCUGAUCAGGAGAUCCCCAGUGACUGGUACCCUUUUGUCUCCAUGGAAUGUGAAAUCAUGGGCGCGGUCGUGUCACAGACGAGGGUCAAGUCCCUCGGUACGAUCAACGACGUUCAGCCGCAGAAACACGUGACCAGCUGGACUCGCUACCACUGUCAGGUGGAAGUGGAGAAGAAGUGGAUUGAGACAGACUCACAGAGACAAGCUGGUUGUAUGACGCAGUGAUUUCAAAAACAGCUAAAGACUACACUUCCUCUGCCUCAACAUAUUUUCCAAGUCGUCCUAAUGAGGGAAAGGGUUGACAGAAAAAGCAGGAGGGAACGAGGAGGCUUUGUGGUUUUGACCGAUUCAUCUAAUUCUAAAGAAACCGGUUGUAUUUUUCAUGACGAUUAACACAUUCUGCAUCCUUAACCCUGAGACUGAAGCCUAGCACUUUACAUAGAUUUUACAAUAGAUUUAUUAUUGUAAGAGUCAAGCCUAUACUACUGUGUGUAUAUAAAAGCUUGUGUUUGCAUCCUCUCUGCACUGCUCUCCAGAACAGCCAUAAUAAGGUCACAGUUAACAAAUUCUGUUACAUAAUCUGCCAAAAUUAUCACCUUUUUCAUAUAAACCAAUAAUAAUAUAAUUUCAUAUAAAAGCAAUAAUACACUUAAUUUUGGGUCAUCCUAUUUCUUUAAUAAUUCUGUCAGAUGGGUUUAAGAAUCAUUCCUUUUAAUUUGUUCUCAUUUAUUUUCUGUUAUAAGGAGCAUACAUCCAUUUAGUGAAAAAAGGGCUUUUUGAAUUAGUCUUAAUAGAAUGGUUGUACAUGAACUCAUGUCUUAACUGUUACAGUAUAAAACUCUUCAUUAAGGGCCAAAAGUGCCACAAUUUGAUUCACAGAGUUAAAUAUAUGUUUUGACAAAUAAAUCUGAUUAAAAAAUGGAAAGAUAUAUUAAAUAAAUAAAAAUGAUAGAUAAUAUUUCCAAGGCAGGGUAACUUGUUUAGUUGGUGUGGCGAAAGCUGCUAUAGGGAAGCCAGUUGGUCAGUUGAGUUAUCAGGAUGCAUUCAAAGAUCUACAGUAAGAUAGUAAAUUCCUGAUGGGCUGUUUCACAGGAAUAAUGUUAUAUUUACAUUAUUUGUCAGUAAAUGUUUUUUAUUUAUUUAAUGUAUCCAUUAUGAUUUGAUAGGAAUUAGGCCUGAUUUACUAUUUGAAUGUGGCAAUUUUGGCUCUCUAUACUAAUCAGCAUCUUUUAACAUGGUCUUUAUUAAUCUAACAUCAGUUAAUACAGAACUGACCCGACUUCAGACGAAGGCUGCAUUGUGGACGACUGAAAUUUUAUUUAAACAAAUCAAAUCUUUAUUUUUAGGUCUUGGUGUGCCUCUUGGCUGGGAAAAACGGUUGUAAUAAAGGAACUUAAUAGAAUUGGUGAGGGGCAUUUUUUUAUGUAAAAGGUACAUGAAUUAAGUUGGAUAUUAUGUGCAUCAGGAAUAAAAAGUGAAUUA